AGCGCAGGCGCUUCCCCCCCGGGCGUGGGCUUCGCGGCCGCGCCCACUCUCAUGCUGCCUGCCACGACCGCGGCGGCAGCAUGGCGGCCACGGAGUUGCGGACGGCGCUGGAGCAGCGGCUUAGCGCUCUGGCCAUCCGCACCGAGGUGGUGGAGCACCCCGAGGUAUUUACAGUUGAAGAAAUGAUGCCACAUGUCCAGCAUUUGAAAGGAGCACAUAGUAAGAACUUAUUUCUUAAAGAUAAAAAGAAAAAAAGCUAUUGGCUGGUGACAGUUCUUCAUGACAGACAAAUUAAUCUAAAUGAGCUUGCCAAGCAGUUAGGUGUUGGGAGUGGAAAUCUUCGGUUUGCUGAUGAAACAUCCAUGCUAGAAAAACUGAAAGUUGGUCAAGGCUGUGUCACACCCUUGGCACUCUUCUGUGAUGAUGGAAAUGUGAAAUUUGUUCUGGAUUCGGCUUUUCUGGAAGGUGGACAUGAAAAGGUAUACUUUCAUCCAAUGACCAAUGCUGCAACCAUGGGAUUGAGCCCUGAAGACUUUCUCACAUUUGUGAAGAAGACAGGACAUGAUCCCAUAAUACUAAAUUUUGAUAAAAACAAUUAAUUGGGCAAAUGUUUAUAAUAAAUUUAUUUUUGAAAACUGUU